GACACUCCCCCGUGACCCGUGUUCGCCACCUGUUUGCUUCGCCCCAAAUCAAAUUGCUUCCAGAUGCUUCGUUGUUAAGCCUCUGGAGUCUCCGCCCGCAUAUAUAAAAUCUGUGGAUUCCGAUCCCCUCACGCGACCCUACCAUCCCACGCCCUUUGCCAAUCUCGCAUUCUCUUCUGUCCAGAUCGACGAGGCCAAGCAGCAGAGGAGGAACCGAUGGCGGAGGCGGCGGUAGACGCCUGCGAGAUCGCGCGCCUGCCGGAGGAGAUCGUCUCGGCGACGCUCGCCCGUGCCGGGCCGCGCGAAGCCUGCCGCGCCGCGGCGGUUUCCCCGGCCUUCCGCGCCGCGGCCGACUCCGACGCCGUCUGGGCCUGCUUCCUGCCACGUGAUCUCCCUCCGAUCGCCGACGGGGAACUGCCUGCCGCGCCGCCGCUGUCUAAGAAGGAGCUGUUCCUCCGCCUCUCCAACAGUCCCGUCCUCCUCCCCAACAGACUCGUGAGUCUGUGGUUGGACAGGGAGACCGGCGCCAAGUGCUACAUGUUGUCGGCGAGGCAGCUGUACAUCGUGUGGAGCGAUACGCCGCGGUACUGGACCUGGAUCCCUCUCACCGACUCUAGGUUCUCAGAAGGUGCUCAACUCUUGGAUGUUUGCUGGCUGGAAAUCCGUGGCAAGAUACAGAGCAAGAUGCUCUCCGAAAACUCAACUUAUGCUGCUUACCUGGUGUAUAAGAUAGACACUGAGUUCUAUGGGCUUGAUUCACCUGUCCAGGAGGCAUCAGUGAGCAUUGGAGAAACCAAAUUAACCCGACGAGUGUGCCUCCAAGACUAUGACGACGAGGAUCGCGAGAUUCCUGAGAAUUAUCGUCCUAUGAGGCCAUUCGUACGAUUCAUGACCAGACGAAGAAACCGUCAGGUGGUUACUCCAGGAGAGAAUGCACAACUCCCUCAUAAAAGGACCGAUGGUUGGAUGGAGCUAGAGCUGGGAGAGUUCUUCAACGAAGGAGGUGAAGAUGGUGAAGUGUCUGUCGACCUGACGGAGACAAAAGGAGGCAACUGGAAGAAAGGUCUUAUUGUGCAGGGUGUUGAGAUCAGAGUUAAGAAAUCAGGCUGAGGAGCUUCUAGGAUCAAACACUCCCGGGGUUAAAGUACAUAAAUAAGGGAAUCAUACUGUUUGUGUUGUGUGUUUUUGUAGCACUUGCUUUUUUGCUGCUAGUGCUGUGCAGAACUACAAGCGUGUUAUUUUAACUUGUUAAGCCAGGCAUUCUGUACAAACCGUGCUAUCCUAGAUCAAUGUUGGUAGUGAGAUCAUUAGGUCUGCGAAAUGUUAUUAGAAGCAGUAGCUGCUGUUUCUGUCCCUUGGUUCAACCUGGAAAUGCAGCUAGAGCCAAGAGGUAGCAGUUGCUUUAUAUUGUUCAGUUGGGGAACCGUUGUGUCUGCUUCCCAUCUGAUUUACUUUCUCCGAUAUUGUUUUUGUUUGUUUGCGAA